CACGGGCAUGGGGUGGCGAGAAUUUGAACCGGAACAGCAGCAGCAGCAGCAGCAGCAGGAUUGGGAGGAUCAAACUCAGGUGGUGAAUAGGAAUACAGACUUAGAGAGCAGGCCGUCUAGUGGAAUACCGAGACCACGUUCCUCCUUAUAUGGAAACCACGGCCUUAAGGAAAACACUAACGGUUGUCACAGGAUACCCAAGGAAUCACCGCGAAGGCGAUCGAUACCGAUUUUGCACCGCAAUGAGGGCAUGGAUUUUGGGUUAGAGGAGAGUCCUGGUGCGGUCCGGCGACGUCAUCAGAUUCAAUGGAUGGCCAUUCCGGGAUGCCGUGGAACGUGCGUACUUGAUGUGCCCAUUCAUGAACUUAUUGCACAUGGCGAUGGCAAGAAAAACAUUUGGACGAAGCCGAAAUGUCUCCAGUGGGCAUUGCGGGUGGAGGAUCCCGGUGAGUGGGUGGGCAUUGGCGUCGGUGUUGGGGGCGGCCUAAAGUCGUGGUCGGCGAAUCGCACCCCCGAUUUGAGUCAUCUUUGGGUGGUGACCUGUGGCGACACUAGGUACAUAUUUAUACUCCGAGUGACAGUACACCCGAGCGUUAAACACGCAAAGCUCUCCAUUCACGAUGGAAAGGGGAAACGAAUUGAUGAUGGCCGGAUCCCUCAGUGGAAUGCAACACGUAGUUGUUACCCUCAAGUCACGUUUGGAGGCCGCAUUGGUGAAGUUUACCUCAUGGAUGGGCCUCGAUUCGUGUCGAACUGA